AUGGCCACAUGGUCUCUUCUGUUUCUGUACUUUUUCCAGGGAUUACUUCCUGUCCUCUUUGGGCAGCAGCUUGCGGCUGGGCCCUGGCGCCACCGGAUCCAGUGGCACAACAACGGGCAGGUUUACAGCCUGAUGAGCACCGGGUCCGAGUACCAGGCUCCGGUUCGGUCCAGACCACAGUCCAGGGUCUAUGUGUCCAGCAGGAGGGACGGCACGGUGAGAGGAGCUCAGACGGACUCCAGGCAGCUGAGGAGUGACCACAGCGCGGCUUCAGGACCGUUCACGGCCGUGAGCGGCCGCGCGUCUGGAGCCAGGGCGCAGCCAGAGCGCGCUCCCGGAGCCGUGCGCCUCUUUAACCCUGAAUACACCGACCGCAUCAACUCCUCUUCACCCGGACCUUCAACAGGACAACCCAGCAGGAGAGGGGAGAGCCCGGCACAGCGCUCCGCAGGAGCCGAACACGGACCCACCGCGCAAAACCAGCCGUUACGCACACAAACGGCUCGCCUGUCGGAGGCUCCGGCUCCGCCGCCUGCAGCCGGGGACGACGGCUCAAACGAGGCCACGUUCAACGGAGACGGCAUGGUGAACGACGACCCUCGAAAUCCCUUCAAAAACCACCGCAACUCCGUUUUCUACAACAUGCAUCCAUCGAGAGGAAGAACAGCGGCGCACAUGCGGCGUCCGCCCGGAACCGGAUACGGAACCAGAUACUUUCAGAACGGCCUGCCGGACCUCGUUCCAGACCCCUACGCCAUCCAAGCAGGUGCCUACAUCCAGCGCAUGCAGAUGUUCGCGCUGCGCUGUGCGGCCGAGGAAAACUGUCUGGCCAGGUCCGCCUACAUGCCCACCGUGCGCGACAUCGACUUCAGGGUUCUCCUGCGGUUCCCUCAGAAAGUCAAGAACCAAGGCACGACCGACUUCCUGCCGGUGAAGCCCAGGUAUCAGUGGGACUGGCACAGCUGCCACCAACACUUCCACAGCAUGGACGCCUUCAGCAACUACGACCUGCUGGACGUGGCGUCCGGGCGGAGGGUGGCGGAGGGCCACAAGGCCAGCUUCUGCCUGGAGGACACGGGCUGCGAGGCGGGAUUCAGGCGGCGCUACGCCUGCACCGCCCACACACAGGGUCUGAGUCCAGGAUGCCAUGACGUCUACGCAGCCAACAUCGACUGUCAGUGGAUCGACAUCACGGACGUUCCUCCUGGAAACUACAUCCUGAAGGUUACGGUCAAUCCCGACUUCCACGUUCUGGAGUCCGACUUCACCAACAACAUCGUGAGAUGUGAGAUCACGUACACGGGAGUUUACGUCCAGACUCGCAACUGCCGAAUAACCAGGUACUGA